UAUUUAUUAAAAACAAUGUUCGCUUAUAAUUGGAAGAUAAUCUGACAUUUUCAGAAUCGCAUGGGUACGUGCGGGGCGUCCGUGAAACAUCAUUUAUCCCGGUUGACGGAUCAAUGCACGAUAGCGAGGAGCGCAUGAACGAGCAGAAUGUCCACGUGAGAUCGACGACGACGGCGACGACGACGACUACAAGGCAGCCAGUAAGGCAGCCGUCGACGUCCGGUGGUAGUUCAAAGAGCUCCUCGGGCACGAGGAUGGCUUGCGAGAAGGCUUCCCGUCGUCUGAGAGCGACUCUCCUUAAGGCCUCGAGGCUCGGUGUCACGACUGCCGAUCUGGCACGUCUCCCCGCGGCCAAGAGAAUCGUCUCCCAGAGGGACCACGACUGGAAGCUGGCGGUCCUGCUCCUACUAAUGUUCGGCGGGGGUGUGAUCGUCGCCCUUGUCUGUACAACGAGUCGGGGCUGCUCGAAAAUCGAGGAUAUUAAUUUGGCGACCUAGCCGGCACAUAGUCACCACACUUCAUUGUUCCCCUGAGAGGCUAACGGCACUGGAAUCAGGAGUACCGGCUAUGGCUAAGAGACGCCAAGCAGGAGAAAAUUAUUCAGCCGCAGUCUCGCUACUUGGCGCGCGCGCACGCAC